GGUGGGAUUACUUGGAGAGGGGAGCAAGGAAGCCCUGUAGCGAGAGCCGCCUUGGUUGACCAAUUCAAUGAAAACAACUAGGCAAGUUGGAGGACAAAUUUAUAAUUGGGUAUGCAUAGCUUGAGAUGCAUCAGUUUGCGGCCUCUUUUGAUGGACUCAUCCAGGGUAACUCUUCGCCCAUUCAAUCUCUCCGACGUCGAUGACUUCCUAAAAUGGGCUAGCGAUGACAGAGUGACUCGCUACUUGAGAUGGAACAGCAUCACUAGUCAAGAAGAAGCACUGGCAUACCUGGAAAAAGUUGCGAUCCCUCACCCGUGGCGUCGGUCCAUAUGUGUAGACGACCGUUCAAUCGGAUACAUCUCGAUCAAGCCCGAAUCUUGUGAGGAAGAUAAGUGUAGAGCACAUGUUGGGUAUGCCUUGGCGACGGAGUAUUGGGGGCAGGGGAUAGCGACACUGGCAUUGAAGAUGGCUGUUUCAAAGGUGUUCGACGAAAUGCCUCACUUGGUGAGGCUUCAGGCUUUAGUGGAGGUAGAGAACAAGGGGUCUCAGAGGGUGCUUGAGAAGGUUGGGUUUGUGAAGGAAGGUUUGUUGAGGAAAUAUGGGUAUUGCAAAGGUGAAAUCAGAAGCUUCAUUGUGUAUAGUCUCUUAGCAACUGAUCAGGUUAAUUAAUUAACUAGUUCCAUAACUGAUGAAUGAUCGAUGAUUAGUUGAAUUUUACAGAAAUGUUAUGUAAUUAUUGAUGUUAAUUAAUCUUUGUUGUGGAAAAGUGUUGUUGAUGGGCUGUAACCUUUGGGCUUCAUACUAUAAUGGGCAUCAGAAACUGGGCCUUGAAAAUGAAUAUCAUGAUCAAUGAUCAUGGGCCUUAUGAGGCCCGAUUUGAUUCGACGCCUUGGUUUCUCAUUAUAUAAAUGGCAUUUUCGUUAUA